AAGUUGUUAUUUUAAUUUCAGACUUGCUCUAAUACAGUUGGCUGUUCAUGAUAAAGUGUACAUAUUAGACAUGUUAUCUUUGAAUAAAUGCUUGGAGGCUAAAGAUUGGGAUAAGUUGAUGGAUGAUGUCUUCAGUAAUCAAAAGAUUAUUAAAUUAGGUUGUAAUUUGUUGACAGAUAUUCAGAUGAUUGUUAAUAAUAACAGAGGAAGUAAAGACAGGCUUUUAAGGUUUACUCAUAUACUUGACAUGGCUAUAUUUUUUGAAAAACUACAAGAGGUAUAUCCUGUUGAAAUGAGUACAGAGGAAGGCAUCAAGCAUCCAAUAGGGUUAAGUCAACUUUGUAAAGUCAUUUUGGGUAAACCACUCAGCAAAGAAGAGCGUCUUUGUGAUUGGGAGAAACGCCCUCUUACAGAUUCUCAACUUGAAUAUGCAGCUUUAGAUGCACACUGUUUGUUACAGAUAUUUGACGAAAUUAAAAAUGUUUCAUCAGAAAAAAAUAUGAAUUUUAAUCACUUGGUUAAAGUUGCAAUGGUUAUGACAUCUGGUCACAGCAAAGUAAAGAGAAAGUUGAAAGAAGAAAAAAAAUCUACAAAAAGUAUGAAUGAAAAACCUAUACCUAUUGAUGAAUUCCAUGUAGUUGUACAACCACAGUUAAAAUUCAUUAGUAAAAGUUUGAAAGAAAUGGGAGCUAAUGUUCUAGUUCUCCAGUUUGCAGAUAAAGCUAGUGAUGCUGCCUUAAUUGCUAAAACUCAAGGGAGAUUCCUAAUUUGUUUUGAGGAUUUUAAGAGAAAAGUGAAAAAUAUCUCUUCUGAGGUUGUAUGUUAUAGCGUGAACUGUGAUUCUGGUAAUUCUUUAGAGCUACAGAAGAUCUUGCAAAAAGCCAAUGUUUUUAUAGAUGAUAGCAAAUUACUGCAAACAUGUCAGAACUGUAGUAGUGCAGAUAUAACACAGUUAUCAAUGCAAGAAUUUAGUUAUUUUAAAGAACUGGAAUCACUUGAAGAUGUUCCCAGUGAAAAUGGAUUAAGCAAUAGUUUGCUAAGGACAAUUUAUGAAAUGAAGAAAGCUGGGGUCAAGCUGAAACUCAAAAACCAAAAAUCUAUAUCAAAUGAGAGUGUAUUUUUAUGUAAGAAAUGUGGCCUUGUACAGUAAAUUAUGAAGAAUAAAAUGUAUUUUAUUAUUUUCUAA